UUUAUUAAUUAUUUACUUAACGGUUUACCAACUACAAAAACUACUUACUACUUUUUAUAGUUAUUAGUUACUACUUACUGACCAAUAAGUAGUAAUGGGAAUAGUAAUAAAUUAAUAAACAGUAAACGGUAUUAUGAUGUAGUUUGUAGGUAUUCCGUAUUUUUGUCAUUCAAGUUCAACUUUUGUUUACGUUUUGGCUGGCACGUUUUUUGUAUUUUUAUUUAUCAAAUAAAUAAAAUCAUGAAUUUGUACAACAAUUUUUUCUACUACACGGAUCAACUAGACGAGGAGUAUGUUCUGGGCGAUGUUUACGCCGGCUUUAGCAGUGCUAAAAAUGCCGAGGAAAGGUUUGCAUACACGCUGGAUGUCAUGAAACGAUAUGGAAUAUUACCCUCGAAGUUGGAUUCCUGCGAAGAUUACCGAAAAGAUCAUAGGUUUUCACAGGGCAUUCGUCAGAUGGGCAAUGAACAUUAUAAGGCGAAAAAUUAUUCAUUAGCUAUUACCUAUUAUACAAAGAGUUUGAUUGAAUCUGGCUCAAGCAAAGAAUGUUAUACCUAUGCACUUGCUAACCGAUCCGCUGCACUCUUUUAUCUUAAAGAAUAUCAUUUAUGUCUAAUAGAUAUACAUCGAGCUAUACAGUCUGGUUAUCCGACUGAGUUGGUUUAUAAAUUAUACAAAAGAGCUGGCAACUGUGAAAGCUUGUUAGGCCAUGGUGAAAUGGCUAAAUGUAGUUAUAAUAAAUGUGUGAUCUAUUUAGCAAACUCAACUUUGUCAGAGGAUCAGAAGAGUAAAUUAGAAAAAGAUAUUAUAGUAGCCAUCGAGAAAUGUAAUGGAUUGAUACAACAAAAGGUGAUAAAUAAAAACAGAAACGAUGAACAAUUGCUUGGUGGAAAACAUAAAAACAUUCCUGCAUUGUCACAAUGUGUAGAGUUAAAAAGUUCAAAAGAUAUGGGUAGAGGCGUAUAUGCAACUUGUGACAUUAACCCAGGUGACGUUGUAGCCAUUGAUGAACCAUAUUUAAAUGGGUUUUCUUCAACAUCUGUUUCUAGCUGUUAUUAUAGCAAUUGCAUGAAAACGUGUCUUGCUGUCAUACCAUGUUGCAAAUGUUCAUUUGCGGUAUAUUGUGAUGAUUCAUGCAUGCAAAAGGGAUUUAACGAAGGUCAUUCUUUCGAGUGUCAGAUUUUGCGUAAAGUUGUCAGUAUACCAGGAAUACCAAAAAUAAAUCGCUUUGCUUUAAAAUGGUUUUUAAAGGAAUAUACAAAAUUAGGCAUAGAUCAGUAUUGCUUAACAGUACAUUCUUUUUUUACUACUUCAAUUGAUCUAUUAGUCAGAGGUUUCGAUAGUAAUGGCUUCUUUCUUUCAAAAAACUUCUGUGCUGCAUUUUCAAUGGAGACAAAUGAGGACAAAAUGUCAAUGGAUGUCAAACUAUUUUUUAAUUGUAUAGCUGUAGAAAUAUUAAAUUAUUUAAUUUUAAAUGGCUUUCAAAUUCACGACCAUCAAAAAGCUAUUGUUGGUGCAUCUUUAGUUCAUAUGCUUAGUAUUUUAGAUUUAAACUGUCUGAAAUCAAGUGCAUGUUCAUAUUCUAUACCCACGCUUAUUGAGGAUGAUUGUAGGCCUUUUUUGGCUUCUACAAUGUACCCGAGUUUGAGUCUAUUUAAUCAUUCUUGUGAUAAUAAUGUAUCCCAUAGUGGAACAUUACAAAGUACACGUAGAGUUUUUCGAGCUUUACAGCCAAUACCAAAAGGAAAACAGCUUUUUGUUUCUUAUGGAGUUCACUUUUCUCUACAUAAAAAAGAUGAUAGAAGAGCAUUUUUUAAUGAUGAGUGUAGAUUUAAUUGUUGUUGUCAGCCUUGCAAGGAAAAUUGGCCAAUUGAACGGUUCAUACCAAAACGACUUUCUUCCUUGAACCUUCUGAACUUUAAUUUGGCCAGUACUUUAACGACAGAAUGUGCUAAGUAUGAAGAAUUUAGUGCAUCAGUCAGAGCUAAAGAUGUUGUACCGCAUUUAAAUUAUCUGUACAAUUUCUUAAAACUGAUACAUGUUAAUGUCAAAAGACCAUUUUCGCUCUACGAACAUUGCGUUGCAUUGAUAUUGCAUGUGUAUACAUGUCCGGAAAUGAAGUAUUGAUUAUUAAUCACUGACAAAAAAUCAAUAAUAUAUUAAUUGUUAUGAUGUAAAAAGUUGAUUUUUUUUUCUUGUUAAGAUUUAUUGUUAAUUCAAAGGAAAGAAAUUUGUCCGUUUAUAUAAGGUAUAAAAUAUUUUCCAUUUAUAAAGAAUAAUAAUAUUACAAUCUAGCUUAAUCAUGUUUUCACAAAAACUAAGAAAAUGUUUACAUUAAGUAUUGACAAAUGCGCAUCUAUAUUUUUAUAAUU